AUCACGGUUUUGCUAUUGAAUCUCUUGAUUACCAAGUUAAAGGGGAUGUGACAGCAGUGUGCCACUAUAUAUUAAACUAAAGUGACAACUGUUUAUCUAUUAGUCAUCUAACUUGGUAAGUAUACAUAUUUUAGUGGGGUAAACAAUUUAAGGGUGAAUUUUUUUUUUUUAAUUAUCAGCAACUAUCAAAUAUUUCAUACCUGCUGCUGUGAAUAAGUUUAUGAGAAUUACUGGCGUGGGCAAAUAUUGUUCUUUUUUGACCACAAUGUGAAGAUUUUUAUUUUUUUCCUGACAAUGUUUUUACUUUUGUCUUUGUUUAUUACUUUGAUAUUACAUACUGUAUGUGCUGCAUUAAGUCCUGUUCUGACUCUGGGCUGUUUCACAAAAGCAUCAAUAGCCUAAGAUGACUAUAGAAACCACAAUCUACUCCCUCAACAAUCUAAGGCUUAUACAAUGCUUUUGUGAAACGCAGCCCUGUACUCUAAUACAUGUUUUGUUUAUGUCACAGAUGGACAACCUGACAUUCAGAUACAGCAUACUCUUAAUGGAGGGACUACAGGUUACACAUCUGUCCAGUCAUCUUGCAUUCAUCCUUUUUUUGCUUGCUUACAUAUUUAUUAUAAUAUCUAACACUGGGAUUUUGAUUCAGAUCUCAGUGGAAAAAAGGUUACAUCAGCCUAUGUACAUUCUUUUCUGCAAUUUGCCACUGAAUGAUUUAUUAGGUACAACCGUUCUUUUUCCACGCUUGAUGAGUCAUAUUUUUACAGACCCCUCUGAGCGCUACAUCACAUAUGUGGAGUGCACUAUGCAAGCUUUUUUUGGACAUGUAUAUGCAACCGCAUCCCACACUAUUCUAAUGGUCAUGGCCUUUGACAGAUAUGUGGCCAUAUGCAAACCAUUGCGAUACCCAACUAUAAUGAGCAAUAAUAUGGUGGUUAAACUGUCGGCAGGAGCCUGGGGUGCUGCAGUAGUGCUGGUGGGAAUUCUGAUCGGCCUCAGUUUACGUCUGUCUCACUGCAGAUAUGUGAUUCAAAAUCUGUUUUGUGACAACGCUUCACUAUUUAAACUGUCCUGUGAAAAUACAGUGAUUAAUAAUGUAUAUGGAUUGACUUUUACUGUGGUUUUACUCACCUCCUCACUGGGGUGGGUGUUAUUGACAUAUCUCAGAAUAGCGAUGGUAUGCUUCAAAAGCAAAAACAAAGCAACCAACAGCAAAGCAAUAAAAACCUGCAGUACUCAUCUGGCUGUUUAUGUAAUCAUGAUGGUUUCUGGAUUCACCACAAUUUUUCUUCAUCGUUUCCCUGCAUACUCUGACAGUAAAAAUGUAUCUAGUAUUAUUCGCCAUGUUAUUCCACCAAGCUUGAAUCCUAUAAUAUAUGGUUUACAAGCCAAGGAAAUAAGACAGAGAUUGUUUAAACUUAUUUAUAAAAGUAAAGUUAACUCAAUGUGA